AUGGCCCCCUCAUCCUCAUGGGCAGCUCCCCAAUCACAAAUCAGCCUCAUGCCGCCCCCACCUCCCAUCCCCAAUCCUGUUGCGCCUUCAAGCAUGCCCUAUGGCGCGGGCAGUAUCACCUCGCCGACAUAUACCGGCACGGAUGUCAGCGGUUCAUACGCGAAUAACCGCCGCCGCAGACGUGCUGAGCGAGCCCGUACCCGCCAAGAAAGGCAGCAAGCACAUGGUGUGGAGUUUACCUAA